GCUGCGUGAGGCACGCACUGUGCGCGAGUUCUAUUAAAAGCCGUUCGGAGGCGUGCGGGAUUCGCUUAUUGCUACUCCAGUGACGAUGGCUGCCAAGCGCGCGCUUGUCAUUGUGGCGAAGGGUGCGGAGGAAAUGGAGACUGUUAUUCCCGUGGACGUGAUGCGCAGAGCUGGGAUCGCCGUGACCGUGGCGGGACUGAGCGGGAAGGAGCCCGUGCACUGCAGCCGUGACGUGCGCAUCUGUCCGGACACGAGCCUGGAGGAGGCGCGCGCGCAGGGUCCAUAUGAUGUUGUGCUCUUACCAGGGGGGGCCUUGGGGGCCCAAAAUCUCUGUGAGUCGUCCGCUGUGAAGGAGCUGCUGAAAGAACAGGAGGCCAGAAAGGGCCUCAUUGCUGCCAUCUGUGCAGGCCCUACUGCUCUCCUUGCCCAUGGCAUUGCCUUUGGCACCACAGUUACCACCUAUCCUUCAAUGAAAGAGAAAAUGAUGACUGGAGAUCACUACAAGUACUCGGAGGCUCGCGUGCAGAAAGACGGCAACGUGAUCACCAGCCGCGGGCCCGGGACCUGCUUCGAGUUUGCCCUCGCAGUGGUGGAAGAAGUGAUGGGAGCUGAGGUGGCUGCACAGGUCAAAGCCCCGUUGCUCCUGAAGGACUGAGCGAAGGCCACGUAGAUCCCCAUUCAACAUCUUUGUGCUCAGCACCCUCUUGGGGGGGAAAAGCGCAGCGAAGCAAUGGGAGCAAACCACAAACGGGGGGGGGGGGGGUUCACCGCUGGUGCUGAGAGUUUCAUGUGAUAUGUUGUGGUAGUAGCACUUCUCAUGUCUCCAUUCCUCACGCUACUUAACAUCUUUCCUGGCAAUUAAAUUAAGUUCUUCAAUAUAUGAUUCUAAAUAUUAUUUGCAUAAGAAAUUUGAUAAACUAUACAUUUGAUCCUUGGUGGGCAAAGGCUAAAUGUAAUUAAAGGAGACCUUACUGGGUAAGUGCAAAUUAAAAAUUGGAAAUGGCCUAAAAGCGUUCUCUGUUUUUCUUCCUGAAAUGGAUCGAAGUAAAUGUAGCAGUGCGGUGUUCUUUUGACAAGUAGAGGAAUCGCGUGUGGUUCCUUUAUAACUCAGCUUUUGUGUAUCUUUUGACAAAUCUGUAGAAAUUGCUGAUCCUCAUGGCUGAAUAAAGCAGAAAAUGCA